UCAUGGCAUCUAUACUUCAUAUUCACAUAUAUGCAAAUAAAAAUAAUUCCUUAAAAAAGAAAAAAGAAGGUCUCCGGCGAGAUGGCUUCAAGGUUACUUUGCGGAGUGGGCACUCUGGCGGCUCAGGCCCUGAGGGCCCGCGGGCCCCAUGGCACGGUUGCGACGCACUCCACGGCUUCUAGAGGUGGUGUCCCUACUGAUGAGGAGCAGGCUACAGGGCUGGAGAGGGAGAUCAUGAUAGCCUCACAGAAGGGACUGGAUCCAUACAAUAUGCUACCUCCAAAGGCAGCUUCGGGCACCAAGGAAGAUCCUAAUUUAGUCCCGUCCAUCACCAACAAGCGGAUAGUGGGCUGCAUCUGUGAAGAGGACAACUGUACCGUCAUCUGGUUUUGGCUGCACAAAGGCGAGACUCAGCGGUGCCCAAGCCGUGGAACCCAUUAUCAGCUGGUGCCCCACCAACUGGCCCUCUGAGCCCUGUGUUAACUUUUCAGAAUAUGAUGGAAAACUUCCCUCCAAUAAACUAGCCAUUGUAUUGGCUCCUCCCCCAAAAAAAGAAAAAAGAAAAAUAGACUAUUUGGAUUGUUGAAUUUAAAUUUUACUUACAAUUUUUCACAUUUUGUGUGAAGAUUAUGUGUAUGUGCAGGCAUACUUGGGUCAUGUGGGCGGAGGUUAGAGGGCAACUUGCAGAACUCUGUCCUCUCUUCCUGCCAUGUAGGCUUUAGAGAUGGAAGUUAAGUCAUCAGGCUUGACAGUAAGCCUUUCUUCUAUCCAGUGAGCAUCUCAGCAGCCCUGUAUGUCUGACUUUAUUGACUAGGUAGAAACGUUAGGUGGCAUUGUAGUGGCAUCAGUCGGUCGGAGGUAAUUCUUCACUGUUGGGUUUGCUUUGGAAGUAGCUUAAGAUAAAGAUAGAAUGUUCUAUAAAUUAGGCAGUGGUUUCUUCCAGGCUUAGGAGAAGGAGGGUUCAUGAGGUUGUUUAUUGUCUUAUUAGGAAUUUUCAACAUCUGGUUCAUCUAACACGGACACUGGUAAAGUUAGCGGGACCUUGGAGACCAAAUACAAAUGGUGUGAGUAUGGUCUGACUUUCACAGAGAAAUGGAACACCGAUAACACUCUGGGGACAGAGAUCGCGAUUGAAGACCAGAUCUGUCAAGGUUUGAAGCUGACAUUUGAUACUACCUUUUCACCGAACACAGGG